AUGACUUUCAUACCUUCAAACGAUUGUUUCCAAGCUCACCCCCUCGUGUCUACCGCCACGCCAGGAUGUCAUGAAAGUUCAUCUCAAAAUGAGCAUGACGGAAAGAAUGCAAGCAUUGCAGAUACCACUUUGACGAAAAGCGAAGAAGAUGCACUGGACCAGGCAGGCACCUCGCAAUUGACUCAGCACUCAGCUUCCCUUCACUCCACGGACAGGUUAGGAAUCUCAGGUCAUGGCGAGACUGCCAACAAGACAAAGAUGACACUUCUCGUCACCUCAUACAUGUUACGUCCUUGGACAGGCAAACCCAUGCACGGGGAAGAUCUAGCAUGGGCAAUGAGAGAUGUGUGGACUUUCAAUGACAGCCCUCCGCCCUACAAAAAGAUGAUGAAUCGUUCUAGGAGGUACACCGAAGGGCUCUCAUACGAAAUUGAGAGAAUUCUAGCUGGGCAAUGGUCAGUCAACCAAGGAAACGAUCCAGUCAUUUAUAAAGGAAUAACGGACACAAUCGAAAGCAUAUGCAUCUCCAGUCCUGACAAGAUCACUCAAGAAUCUAAGUCGACUCAUCUCCCGCCCGAAGUGGCACCUACUCUUGCUUCAGAGAUUGAUGUCAAGGUCCUAAAUCCAGAAUCAUUCAUGCCGUUUGACCCACCAGUGCCUAAAGAUUGGUUGAGACAGCAACCUUACGAUAAGGAUGAGUAUAAACGAUUCCUAGCAAAUAUGGAGAAGCCCUCUUCACAGACAAACCAGGAGGAUACUUCGGCAUGUGUUCAGCGCGAGCCGGAUCUGCUUUGA